AUGGCAACCUCAACUCCCUCAUCAGAACAUCUUCAUCACCGACUUACCCGUCUCCAAGCUGAGAGUCAAUCGUUAUUCCGUCAAGAAGCCUCGCUCGCAUCUCAACUUGAGAUUAUUCGUCAAAAGCUCGCUUUGAGCAACAACGAGAUCUUCAAGAUGGAAUCCAUGGUAAACGAGUUUCUCCUCGAUCAAGAGGCCCAAGGCCAAUCCGACUUCUGGGAGGCACUCAACAAGAACGAAUAUGUCUUCAGAGGACUCUCCAAAUUGAUUGACCGUGAUCCUACCUUGAAGACCGCCUUUCAAGCCGUCGCCGAAACACGCAGCACCGAUACCCAUGAAAAGCUCGUUUUGAUCGCCCUUCUGACCCAGUUGAGUGGCCAGCCCGCCUCCAUCCUCACCGAUCUUGCAAUGAAGGUCUUGCUUCACAAUGCCAACGGCCAUGCCCCAGUGCUCACCCAAAAUGCCUCGAGUGACGCCGCCAACACUACUGUUGAUCUCACAGACGACGACAACACUGCUGCAGCCAGACAAUCGUCGAUUGUCUCUCUUGAGGACAGUGACAUCAAGGCCGAGUACGAAGAAGACUCUCCCACCAGCAUGUUUAGGUCUUCACCCAUUCCACCCGCAUCUGCUCCAGGCCCAGCAAAGAGAUCCUUUGAGACAUUGAUUGCGACCCCUGCCCGACAAAUCCUUCAACCACGUGCCAUCACUCAGCCUAAAUCCCACCUUAGGGAUCUCCUUCUUCAACUGCGCGACACCCCUACUCCUCAGCCCGUUGUUCAACCCAAUGCCAGUCCAGUCGUGCCUGCUAUUGUGGCACCAUCUGAACAUGAGGGUGGUAGACCAGCAAAGAGACUUAAGCCAUUGAAGGAUGUCGCUAUCCCUGCCGCAUUCUCCUUGCUGAUGAAGAAGCUGGAGGUUGCCCAUGCCCAAAACGCACUUUCAAUCACCAGUCUCCUGAAGUGCGCUAAGUGUCAACAAAUAAAGCGCGACGCCCGUGUCCUGAAUUGCUUGCACGUGUACUGCCACCGCUGCACCCAGAAGCUUCGAGUUGAGGCAGAGACCGGCAAUUCCAAGAAUGGCUUCAAAGCAUACUGCGUUGUAGACAACUGCACUGAAAUGGUUAGUGGCAAAACUGCAGUCAUCGACGCCGAGGUCAUGGAACUACUCGUCUGGUAUGACAAACAAUCUCCCGGUUUGACCACCAGUGCCGCGCAGAUCCAAGUUUUGAAAGCCGCACACCACAAGAGACCCGAUGAAGCCGUUAUCAAGUCGCAGUUGGCCGAAGUCAGAAAGCAGCAGAAGCAACGUGAGGCGACCGGCGAGAACGAUACUGUCUGUAACCUGCUCGAGGUGGCCAAGUUGGCAAAGAAGCUUGCUUGA